AUGAAAAAAAACGCUUGCAUUAAUACAGCUUUCGAGCCUGUGAAAGAGCGUCUUAUCAAAGGCUGGCAAGAUUUUACUGGCGAAAACAUCAAUAUCGUGGUACACAAUUUCCUUUAUGAUGAGAAAAUUGAGCAGUGCGAGAGGUGGAAGAGACUUGAGAGAGCCAGUGGUCUUCGGAGAGAAUACUUCUUCUACGGAAUAUGUUUCUUCAUCUUCCUCGUAAUUCUUCGGCAUGAUCCCCUUGUUGUCGUGCACACCCUGGUGGUAUUAAUUUGCCCAGCCGUGUGCACUAUGCUGGUCCUUAGUGAAGAACGACUUGAAGGAGCUCGGUUUUGGUUGGAAUACUGGAUUGUUUACGCAGUAAUGACAACGCUUGGAAGAGCCUUCAAGAGACAGACGGCGGAAUAUCAUGAUAUGAGCUGGAUGGAAGUCAUAUUCUUUACCGCGUGCCUGAUUCCUGCGACAUAUUUAACUGAUUUUGUUUUUGGAUGUAUAAUGCCAAUAUUUCACAAAAUACGGCAUAAAUUUGAAGAAUAUAAUUACCAUUACGUCUCUUAA